UCGCAGUACACAUUUGCCAUGUGUAGCUACAGAGAGAAAAAGCCUGAUCCCACAGAAAUGAUGCAGCUUGACGGAUUUACGGUAGAUUACUGUGAACAAAUUCCAGAAGCUGAGGGUCUAGGAGGGAAAUAUUUCUUCAACUGUGUCAAGGAGGGUGACAAUGUUACCUUUGCCACGGAUGAUGAAAAUGAAAGGACACUCUGGGUACAGGCUAUUUAUAGAGCAACAGGGCAAACCCACAAACCAGUGCCCCCUGUUGUGCAGACCAGCAAAAUAUCCAACACUCAGAUCUCUCGCAUGCAGGGAGAUGCUGACCGAGCCAGAAAGCAUGGUCUAGAUGAGUUUGUCCAGGCUAACCCUGUAAUGUUUGACAAUGCCUUCAUAUAA